UCAAUAUCUCUCGGGUCUGAGGGUAAGGGUUUAGGGUGCACAAGGCAGGUUUAAGCUUCCCCUCUCUGCGAUUCACGAUGGCCGACGACGACUAUGAUGACGUGGACAUGGGGUAUGAAGAGGAGCCACCAGAGCCUGAGAUUGAGGAAGGUGCAGAGGAGGACGUGGAUAACAACAAAAAUGAAGACAAAGACAUAACUGGAGAACCUCUCGACACUGAGGAAAAGGAAGAGGGACAAUCAGUAGAACGACCUCGAAAGACAUCGAAAUAUAUGACUAAGUAUGAGCGUGCCAGGAUUUUGGGUACCCGUGCUCUUCAAAUCAGUAUGAAUGCACCUGUGAUGGUUGAGUUGGAGGGGGAAACUGACCCACUUGAGAUUGCAAUGAAGGAACUUCGAGAGCGGAAGAUACCCUUUACCAUCCGUCGGUCCUUGCCUGAUGGAAGCUAUGAAGAUUGGGGAGUUGAUGAACUGAUUGUGGAAGACUCCUGGAAGAGGCAAGUGGGUGGUGAUUAACGCUUUGAACUGACUUGAGUUGUGGGGAGGAGGAAAGGACACAAGACUUCUCAUAACAUUUAUCUUUGAUUUGUCUGACGUUGAUACUGAUCUAUUGUCUAACCAUAAAUUAGGAUUAUUAUAGCGUUGUAUUAAUUCUUGGGUCUGUGUAUCUGUGUUGCUUGUGCUUUAGCCUUUAGCUUAGUAUAAAUUCUGUUUCUGUUUGUCUAUAUAUCUGUAGGCUUUCGUUAGUAAGUGCGGCUGUUUGUCAAAUCAGCUACAGGACACAGCUCUAUGAACAUUGGAGUGAUACUACUUAAUACUGGUUUUCUUAUCAGCCUAUUUUUGUGUUGUACUAU